CAGCGUCGUCGACAUCGCCAAUCGCUAGCGAUUCGCCGAGAUUGCUCCGACCGUAAUAAACCCUUAAACCCCAUUUCGUCGCCGUCUCCGACGCCAUACCUCGCCGCCGGGCCCCGCCGUCGCCGGAAAAAUGGUCGACAACAAGCGGAAACGCGGCCGCCCGUCCAAGCACCCGCCCAACGAAUCCGCGGAGGCCGCCGACCACCAGCACCCCAACGCCGCCGCCGCCACCGCUUUAAACGACGGCGCCUCGGCGCCCGCGGCGGACAAGACGAUGAGCGCCGACCCUCCCUCGUCCCGCCGCGGCCGGGGGCGGCCCCGGGGGAAGCCGGAGCGCCGGUCGCCGGAGCGCCGGAGCUCUCGCUUCGCCGAGCAGAACGGCGACUGCUCCUUGGCCGUCGCGGUCGGCGGCGGCCGCGACGAUAGGGACUUGGAGCUCGACGGGGAGGAGCCGUCGCCCAUGCCGAUGCCGAAGUGGGAGAACGUCGCGAGGGUGGUCCCCGCGAUGGACGCGGUGGUGAAGGUGUUUUGCGUGCACACGGAGCCGAAUUUCUCGCUCCCGUGGCAGCGUAAGAGGCAGUACAGCAGCAGCAGCAGCGGAUUCAUUAUUGGAGGGAGGAGAGUGCUGACCAAUGCGCAUUCCGUGGAGCACCACACUCAGGUGAAGGUGAAGAAGCGUGGCUCUGACACGAAGUAUCUGGCUACUGUGCUCGCUAUCGGGACCGAAUGUGAUAUCGCAUUGCUCACAGUCAACAGUGAUGAGUUCUGGGAAGGGGUUGCGCCUGUGGAGUUCGGAGAACUACCUGCACUCCAAGAUGCUGUCACUGUGGUGGGUUAUCCCAUUGGUGGAGAUACAAUAUCCGUGACGAGUGGUGUUGUGUCACGUAUGGAGAUGCUUUCCUAUGCCCAUGGAUCAACUGAACUCCUGGGAGUGCAGAUAGAUGCAGCUAUAAAUUCAGGAAAUUCUGGUGGCCCUGCAUUUAAUGACAAAGGAAAAUGUGUGGGUAUUGCAUUUCAGUCGCUUAAACAUGAAGAUGCAGAGAAUAUCGGUUAUAUUAUCCCAACACCAGUCAUCAUGCACUUCAUUCAUGAUUAUGAGAAGAAUGGGUUGUACACAGGAUUCCCCAUUCUUGGAGUUGAGUGGCAGAAGAUGGAAAAUCCUGACCUACGCAUGGCUAUGGGAAUGAAACUGGACAAGAAAGGUGUCCGAAUUAGGAGAAUCGAACCUACAGCUCCAGAAUCACAUGUCCUUAAGCCAUCUGAUGUUAUUCUUAGCUUUGAUGGGAUUAAUAUUGCUAAUGACGGGACAGUUCCAUUCAGGCAUGGAGAGCGCAUAGGUUUUGGCUAUUUGGUUUCCCAAAAAUACACUGGAGAUAAAGCUCAUGUGCAAGUUCUCAGAAAUUCGAAGAUUCUUGAAUUUGACAUAAAACUUGCUACUCACAAACGGCUCAUCCCUGCACAUAUUAGUGGGAAAUCACCUUCUUAUUACAUAAUUGCUGGAUUUGUUUUUACUGCCGUAUCUGUUCCGUAUCUCCGUUCAGAGUAUGGGAAGGACUAUGAAUUUGAUGCUCCAGUCAAACUGUUGGACAAACUUCUUCAUUCAAUGGCAGGAUCCGUGAAUGAACAGCUUGUUGUUGUAUCUCAGGUCCUUGUUGCAGACAUAAAUAUUGGAUACGAAGACAUUGUCAAUACCCAGGUCCUUGCUUUCAAUGGCGAACCCGUAAAGAAUCUGAAGAGUUUGGCCAACAUGGUGGAGAACUGUGAGGAUGAAUAUUUACGUUUUGACCUGGAAUAUCAGCAGGUAGUAGUGCUAAGGACCAAAACUGCCAAGGUGGCGACUUCGGAUAUACUAACAACCCAUUGCAUACCUUCUGCCAUGUCCAAUGACCUCAAAGCCUAGUCCGUGAAGAUAUGGUGCAUGAAGUUUCUGUCAUGGAUAUUACUGUGAGUCUGUGAUUUAGCCAAUGAAGCUCUCCUCUUUAUAUGUUGGACAAUUAAGUAGGGGCACUGAAAUCGACUUGCACUAGAGUAGUAAGCUAAACAGACUAAAACUUCAGAGGUUUUUUCUGAGCCCUGCGCAGCCGAUGCGCUCCCUUAUUUCUGUACUCAAUUUUUCGUCGAUUGGAAGGGAGCGAACAUGAAACGGAAAGGUUUUUGCCAAUGCUUGUUUUCGUUGGUCUAGUAGACCAGGAAUUUGACUUGAAACAGAUACAUGUAAUGUUAUUACCGGAACAGAUACUACAGAGCAAAGCAUUUUCAAGUGAGGUGAACCAUUGCGUUCACAAACUUUCAACGCU